AUGGAGGAAGUGACCUGUCCCAUCUGCCUGGAGUAUUUCAAGGAUCCGGCCACGAUCGCCGAGUGCGGCCACAGCUUCUGCCGGGCCUGCCUGACCCGCAGCUGGGGGGAGUCGGGGACCGCCGAGGCUUCCUGCCCCCAGUGCAGAGGAAAGGCUCAGGAGGGGACCCUCCGGCCGAAUCGGCAGCUGGCCAACAUCGUGGAAAUAACUAGGAAGCUCAGCCUCCAGAUGGAAGAAGGAAGGAAGGAAGAAGCCCGGGAGAAAAUCUGUGAGAAACACCGGGAGCCCCUGAAGCUUUUCUGCCAAACUGAUGAGAUCCUCCUCUGCUGGGUCUGUGACAGAUCCAAGGAGCACAAAAGCCACGAGGUGAUUCCUGCCGAGGAGGCUGCCCAGGAAUACAAGGAUAAAAUCUUCAAUUCCCUGGAGACUCUGAGGACUGAGAGGGAGAAAAUUCUGGAAGAUAUACAAGAUGCUGAAGAUUAUAGCCAAGAAAUGCUUAGAACAACAGAAUCAGAGAGACAAAGGAGAGUGGCUGACUUCAGAAUUCUACACCAGUUGUUGAAUAAACAUGAAAAAGAUCAUUUGGCCAAGAUAGAGGAGGUGGAGAAGGAGAUUGCAAGGAAAAGGGACGAGUACCUGGCCAGACUCUCUGAGGGACUCUCCUCUCUCGAAAGCCUCAUCCAGGAGAUGGAGGAGAAGCAUCAGCAGCCAGGGAGCGAACUCCUGCAGGACGUCAGAGGCACCUUGCAGAG